GACUGAGUGGGAUUCAAGUAACCCCACCAUCCUAACCAUCAAAGUAAAGAAAAAUAAAGUAAGCCCACCAUCACAAUCAUUUCUUGCCAUGUGUUCUUCCGUAAUCUCUCCUCCCACUUACACAACUUUGUUGAGUCUCUUACAAGAGAUGGCAUCAGCAUUGCUGCUGCUGCUGCUUGCUAAGUUGCAAUAAUGGAGGAAUACUUCGGGUAGGCGGGGCUUUUGUCAAUUGAGAAUGCUUCAAUCGUCAGCAGCAGCAGCAGCAUAGAAAACAAGGGGAAAUCUUGUCUAUCUCAGAAGAACAGAUAAUUGAUUUGCUUCUUGAUGGAUCCCAAGAACUCAAAGCAGCCGCAGGAGGUGCCAAGCUUCUUAAGCCUCCCUCAGUCAUCAUCUCCCACAAACCAUAACAACAACGCCGGGCAAAACAAACCAGCAGAAGUCAAAGAUUUCCAGAUUGUGAUUGCGGAAAAAGAAGAGCCCAAGAAACAGGCGUUACAACCUAAGAGAAGCUCAAACAAAGACAGGCACACAAAAGUUGAAGGCAGAGGGAGAAGAAUAAGGAUGCCUGCUCUCUGCGCUGCAAGAAUCUUUCAGCUGACCAGAGAAUUAGGGCACAAAUCUGAUGGAGAAACUAUCCAGUGGUUGCUGCAACAGGCUGAACCAUCCAUAAUUGCGGCGACUGGGACUGGUACCAUACCCGCUUCUGCUUUAGCGGCCGCGGGGGGCUCUAUUUCUCAACAGGGCAGCUCUAUUUCUUCAGGGCUUCACCAAAAGAUAGACGAUUUUCAUAUGGGUGGUGGUGGGAGUGGGAGUAGGUCCCCUUGGCCUCUGGUUGGUGGGAAUUUGGGGAGACCACAUGUGGGUGCAAACGCAGGAUUAUGGCCCCCUGCUGCUGGUGUCAGUGGCUUCGGAUACCAGUCGUCAUCAUCAUCAUCCUCUGGUCCAUCAUUGGGGACUGAGAGUUCAAAUUACUUGCAAAAGAUGGGUUUCCCUGGGUUUGACUUGCCAACUGGGAAUAUGGGGCCUAUGAGUUUUACUUCAAUUUUGGGUGCUAAUAGCCAGCAGCUUCCCGGAUUGGAGCUUGGGCUAUCGCAAGAUGGCAGUAUUGGAGUUUUAAAUCCUCAGGCGUUUAAUCAGAUUUACCAGCAGAUCGAGCAGGCCCGACUUAUGCAUCAGCAGCAUCAACAUCAAAAUCAGCAUCAGCAGCAGCAGCCGCAAUCAUCUAAGGACGAUUCUCAAGAAUCAGGACUAUAAAUAAUCUUGGAAGAACUGGGAGGAGUAUUUAGAUAUAAAAAGGGUCGCUUUUCUGGGGGGUAGACAGUUUGGAUGAUUGGUUUGUAGUGUAUAAUUUGCUAAGGAACAUAUAUAUGUUCCAGAAUUCAGUGAGGUAUGAUUUUGGUUUUGCCAAACUACUUUUGCUUCCUCCCACACUCGGAGCUUCAUCCCUCUGUCCUUGGAAACAGGUGCGCCUGGGCCAAUUUAUUUUUGUUUGUGUAAAUUACUGAGGUUUCUGAUGUUGUUAUUAUUACAAAAUUGCUUCUGCUCUGGAAUGUUAAGCUGGAACUACUCCGACCAAUUUAUAUUGGAUUUGAGCUUACGUUCUUGUUCAUUUUCAAAGAUGGUGUUCCUUAUGGUUCUGUUGAUACAUAGUCAUUUGGUUUUUGGA